UAUCCGGUCGUGCGGCGAUUAACGGCUAGAGUAGCUUCUUUGAAAAUAACGCAGCGGAUCUAUAAGGCACCGAAUAUUAUUUGAUUUUCCACCGAAGAUGUUAAAGCGCAAACAAACAAAUCUCUCUCGCUCUGUCUCCUCUCCCGCUAAGUUUGCGUUGCUGCCUUGAAUAUGGAGGGGAGCUCUUUAAAUAGAAAAAUUACUGGAUUGUAGUAUCUCUCUUUAACCAGGGAGAGUAGUUUUUUGGGAAAAUAACCAGAGAGAGUAGUUCGAGAGAGAGUUUAGGCCUGCUGCUUGAGAGAGGUUUAGAGAGAGAGAGUUUUUUAGGCCCUGCUACCUACCUUGUUUGUUGCGCAGAGAGAGAGAGGGGACAUGGCGAGGAGAUUUCAAGGGAAAGUGGCGAUCGUGACAGCAUCGACUCAGGGAAUAGGGUUCAGCAUCGCCGAGCGCCUUGGCUUGGAAGGCGCCUCUGUUGUUGUCUCUUCUCGUAAGCAUAAGAAUGUGGAGGAGGCAGUAGGGAAGCUCAAAGCUAAAGGGAUUGAAGUGCUAGGGGUUGUUUGUCAUGUGUCUGAUGCCAAACAGAGGAAGAAUCUCAUUGAUCAAACCAUUCAGAAAUAUGGAGCUAUAGAUAUAGUGGUAUCCAAUGCAGCUGCCAAUCCUUCUGUCCAGCCCAUUUUGGAAACAUCAGAAUCUGUUCUUGAUAAACUUUGGGACAUCAAUGUAAAGGCCUCUAUCCUCAUUCUUCAGGCUGCUGCACCUCACAUGCAUGAUGGAUCAUCUGUUGUCUUGAUUACUUCUAUUGCUGCCUAUAACCCACCCCGGGCAAUGUCCAUGUAUGGAGUCACAAAAACAGCACUUCUUGGUCUUACAAAGGCUCUUGCAUCUGAAAUGGCCCCUAAUACGAGAGUCAAUGCUGUAGCUCCUGGAUUUGUACCAACGCACUUUGCACAGUUCAUUACAGAAAAUCAAUCUGCUAGGAAGGAAGUUGAAGCUCACAGCUUGCUUGGGAGGUUGGGCACAACAGAUGAUAUGGCAAGCGCAGUUGCCUUCCUUGCAUCUGAUGAUGCUUCAUAUAUAACUGGAGAGACCCUUGUUGUUGCAGGGGGUACGCAAUCGAGGCUUUGAGUUUUGUUGUAUUAGUUGGAGAAGGCUUUCUUUAACAUUGUUUUCAUCAGUUAGCUUUCCUAAAGAUAGCUAUAGCUUUCAGCUACAAGCAUACUGCCCUUUCUUCAGAAGACUUACAAGCAUGAGUUGGCGGCUGAGCAUACUGUUCAACUUGAACGCAAUGCUCCUUAAUUUUCUUCUAAAUUAAUUAGUCGUCAAUGUUUCAAAGGAGCAGGUUCUUCCAAAAUAAUUAUUCAGGUGUAAUGGGAUAGCCCGGCCCAUUUGCUUAAAGAAAUUACAUUGCUUUUAAUCAAGCCUGUGGAGUAAAAAUAAUUAUAACACUGUAAAUCCCUCUCUCUGGUAUGUUAACAAUGGUAAUGGACGGUGAGACAUCAUGUUGAGGCAUUC